GGGUUCUGAGUGAAAGAGCCAGUGUUGGCCGGCCCCAGGACUCAGGAGCUGCACUGUGCUGUGCUGUGCGUUUCCAGGGACGUGCCCUGAGUGGACAAAUCAUGCUAAUUGUCUGGGAGAGAAACCCAGCGCUAGACCCAAGAUGAAGGCAGAGAGAGAGGCUUCCUCAAAAGCGUUGCCUGUCGCUGCACUUUUGCUCAAAUUGUGCCUUCUCCUGUUCUCUCUAUCAGACGGUGUCCAAGGCGUGAACAUCACCAGCCCAGGGUCCCUGAUUCGGGGCACUCUGGGCGGGGAGGCCCUGCUCUCGGUCCGCUACUCCAGUACCAGCGCCGACCAGCCCGUCAUCAAGUGGCAGCUGAAGAGGGACAAGCCCGUGACGGUGGUGCAGUCCAUCGGCUCGGAGAUCAUCGGGAACCUGCGGCCGGAGUACCGCGACCGCAUCCUGAUCUACGACAACGGCACCCUGCUCCUGCACAACCUCAAGCUCUCCGACGAGGGGGCCUACGAGGUGGAGAUCUCCAUCACCGAUGACACCUUCACCGGCGAGGGCAGCGUCAACCUCACCGUGGAUGAGCCGGUGUCUAGACCCUACGUCCACAUGGUGGCCUCCACAGUGCUAGAGCUGAGCGAGCACUUCACCCUCAACUGUUCCCACGAAAACGGGACCAAGGCCAUCUACAGCUGGCUGAAGGGAGGGAAGCCGCUGGCCAAUGACUCGCGCCUGCAGCUGUCUCCAGACCAUAAGAUCCUGACCAUCGUGCGGGUGCUAAUGUCUGACGACGACAUCUACAGCUGCUCGGUGGAGAACCCCAUUAGCAGCAUGAAGAGUCCGCCCGUCAAACUCACCGUCUACAGGCGGAGCUCACUUUACAUCAUCCUCACCACCGGGGGCAUCUUCCUCCUCAUCACCCUGGUGACGGUCUGUGCCUGCUGGAAGCCCUCCAAAAAAAAAAAACGCCAGAGAGACAUGCAGAGUUCCUCAGAGAGUCCAUGCCAUAAUGAAGCCAAGCAUGAGGUUGAUGUUGUACCAAAAAUGACAGAUCAUGAACGGAGGAACCCAGUGGCCCUGUACGUCCUCAAGGAACAGGAUUCCCCCGAGAGGGAGAAUGGGUCACCGUGUAACUCUCGCAGCCCCUCGGAGCCCAGCAGCCCACCGAGCUACAUCAGCUCUCUGCCCCCUUCCUCAUGUUCCCCAGACCCCCCAGCCCGCUCCUCCCGCAGGUACCCCCGAACCCCAGCCAGCUCCCCGCCUUCCCUCCAUCACAAGUCCCACGGCCACUCCGCUACCUCCCCCCCUCACCCCCGUGGUUCAGGUCGUGUGCCCCGCUUGCCAGUGGGUGUGCCCACGGUCCACCAAACGGAUGAACCAGCCCCCUCCUUAGAAAGCGCUUCCCAGACGCAGACCUAACUACCCUCUGAUGUUCUGCCCUUACCUUUCAUCAAACUCCAUUUCCCAUAGGCCCCUCGUCCAGUGGCACUGCAGAAACAUGUCCUCCUGCAUUUCUGUUUGACUGUUCACAAAUGUGCAUAAAGCCAAUUUAUGGUUCCAAGAACAUUCCCGGAAUAUCAAUGUAAAUGUUAUGAUGUAUUUAACUGGCUUCCUAGAUAUUCCUUCAACAUCAUUUGACACAAGAAAAACAAUUGCAGGAACAUUUAGAAUGCUAUUCAGUUCUGUUGUUUCAAUUAAAGGAGAAAUUGAAUGAUUUAUUGUUAUACAUAUUCAUUUUAUUCUGUAUGUUUUUUCCAACAAAAAAGAAAUAUGGCACUUCAGUAUCUCAAUUCAGAACAUUAUAAACAUUGUAGAAAGAACAAGUACCCAUAAUGUUUUUGAAAUAACUAAAUAAUAAUUAUCAGGCGAUUUUACCAAUAUAGGGAAAUGACACAUUUAUGAUUUUUUUUUUUUUUUGUGAUUUUACGGAACAAUAAAAUACUUUUUAAGACUACUUGAGAAAUGAUAACUCACCAAAUGGGAAUGUAACUGGAAUGUUCCUCAUUCUUCUUGAAAUGUUGCUGAUAGAUGGGUAAGAGUGAAACUGUAAGGAUGAGAAGCAGCUGCCCUUGUUCAUUUGGCUGUAAUCUAAUGUCAAAAUUAAUUUUAAAGGAUCCCAGGGUAUCUGACUCCACUACACAUCCCAGAAUGUUAUUCUACACAAUAAAUUAAUCUGUGUGUGAAACAAAUAUUUUCUGGUGUUAAUGUGAAAUGUAUGUAUGUACCUGUUUUUUUUUGAUUGUUUGAUAAGUUUACUUUAGGAACAAUAAAUUCAGACACUAUCACUUCUGCAGCAGGUGUGUUUCAGUCUCAGACCUGUCUAUAUAUACAUUCUAUAUAUUAUUGUUUAAACCCCUCUGUUCAGCUGAAUGGGAGGGGCUAAUUGUACAAAAA